UGAAUUUUGUGAUGAGCGAUGAGCAUAUGAGAACGUUUAACUGGUUUAACCCUAACAGCAUUAGUUUUUGACACAAAAACUCUUUUUUCAUUGAGUUUUUCAUGAAGUAAAAUUAAAUUUUUAACUAAUAUUUACUAUAAUAUAUUUACCUGCUUAUAAAACAUGUCUGACGAUGAGAUGGAGAAAUUUGAAAUUACUGACUAUGACCUAGAAAAUGAAUUUAACAUAAACAGAAAUAGAAAAAAAUUUAGUAAACACCAUCAAAUAUACGGUAUAUGGGCAGAUAACAGUGAUGAUGAACAAGAACAGAAACCAGCCUUUAAAUCCAACAAACAGCCCAAGUCUUAUUCAGCUCCUAUUGGGUUUGUGGCAGGUGGAGUUCACCAAGUUGGUAAGAAAAAAGAAAGUGAUAAAAAGGCAAUCAAGGAUGAAAAUUCUGAUGAGGAAUCAAAACCUUCUUUCAAUGUUCGAAACAGUUCUGAUGAAUCUGAGGAAGAAGCACCAACUAGAACAGGUUUUGGUAUGGGAAAUUUUAAGAAAGCCCCACAGUCUGUAAUGACAGAAACAAAUGCAGAUAUAGCAGGCUUGAGAACAAAGAGCAGUGUCAAUCCAGCAUUAAUUAAUAAAGGAGUGGGUCAUUGGGAGAAACACACAAAGGGAAUAGGAGCCAAAUUACUACUUCAGAUGGGUUUUCAACCUGGUAAAGGUUUAGGAAAGGAUCUCCAAGGUAUUUCUGCACCAGUGGAAGCACAUUUGAGAAAAGGACGAGGAGCUAUUGGGGCAUAUGGACCAGAAAAACCUGCUAGUGUACCCAAAUUAAAAGAUAAAGACAUGAAAAUGGAGAUAGACAUUGACAAGGACGAAAAAGGAGAAUCCAAAUGGAAGAAAGCAGACUCAUUAACAAAGAAAAGCAGAUACUAUUACCGAAGUGUUGAUGAUGUUAUUGAAAAAGGUAAACGUCCAGGAGCUUAUAGACAUUUGGGAAACUCAAGUGAGCUUUCCAAAGUGAAGGUGAUUGACAUGACAGGCCCUCAACAGAGGGUCCUCAGCGGAUACCACGCCCUUAGCGGACUUAAAGCACCUCCUGGAGUGGAACAUUACGAAGAUGUCGUCCACAAAAAAUGUUCCAACUUCACCUUACCGGAAAUCCAACACAAUUUAGAUUUAUUAGUUGACCUGUGCGAACAAGAUAUCAUAAGGAUAGACAGAAGUAGUCGUUUAAACGAAGAUAAAAUAGUGGCACUCGAACAGGAAGAAAGAUUAUUACGGGAAGUAUUAAAUAAAGAGGACGAAUUGAUGGAAAAUAUACAAGAAGUAAUAUCAGUUGUGGAUAAAUUAAUGGAUAGUACGCAGACAUACUCUUUAGGUCAAAUUGCCAGUAUUUUUAAAGAAUUACAGGAUAAGCACUCAGAGGAAUAUACAAUGUACGAACUAGGCGAAUUAGCUCCCGGCCUAAUCGGCCCUCUUAUAACAUCGGCUUUGGCCAAUUGGAAUCCCCUAUCACAGCCUCACCAACACGUCGAUGUAUUUAACCAAUGGCAGGAUAUCCUGACGUCACAGCACCGUGGGAAUCUAGAAGGUAAUAAAAUGGGAAUACAGCCAUAUGAUAGUUUCAUUUGGCAUACUUGGAUGCCUGUUAUGAGAACUUGUGUUAGUUCUUGGAAUCCACGUGAUUGUGAUCCUCUGAUAACCCUGCUAGAAACGUGGAAACCAGUUCUGCCUCAAUGGAUAUUAGAAAAUGUACUCAGCCAAUUAAUAAUGCCGAAAAUUCUGAAGGAAGUUAACGAAUGGAAUCCUCUAACCGAUACCACACCCAUACAUGUUUGGAUCCAUCCCUGGAUACCUCUACUAGACGAUAAACUUCAAUCUACCAUCUAUCCAGUGAUUCAAGAAAAAUUGGGCAGCGCAUUAGAAAAUUGGCAUCCGUCUGACAGGUCUGCGAAGUUGAUGUUACAGCCGUGGCAGAGAGUGUUGUCGAAAGGAAACUUCGUAGCAUUUUUGCUUAAACAUAUUGUACCCAAACUUCAGAUAUGUAUGCAGUCAUUUACAAUUAAUCCCCACCAACAGCAUUUAGAUUCUUGGCACUGGGUAAUGGAUUGGAAUGAUAUGUUGUCCGUCGGUAAUAUGACGUUAAUUUUGGACAAAUUCUUCUUUCCGAGAUGGUUACAAACUCUGGCGAUGUGGUUGAAUCAUAAUCCGAAUUAUAACCAAGUGACAGAAUGGUAUUCAGGAUGGAAGAGGAUGUUAUCGGAUGAAUUAUUUAGUCAACCCACAAUUAAAGAACAUUUUCACAAAGCACUGGAGAUGAUGAACAGAGCUGUAAAUAUUGGUCAACAACCCGGAGCCAAGGAAUCAAUUUCGUACCUGAAAAAUAUGGAAGAGUCUGGUGUGAUGCCGCCUGCUGCACCACCACCAAGAGUAGAAACUAUCGCAGAGGCUGUGAAAGCCGCUUCGAAGAUACCUCAAGGAUUCAAGGACCUGGUGAUGAAGAAAUGCGAAGAGCGAGGGAUGCUUUUUGUACCGAUACCGAAUAAGUAUCAUGAAGCGAAGCAAGUUUACAAAAUCGGGUCGAACGGCAUGCAGUGUUAUAUAGACAGAAACGUUAUAUUUUAUUCUCAGAAUAACUCAGUGUGGAUCCCUACGUCACUUAACAAGUUAUUAGACUCGGCAUAAAUGUAUUUGUAAUGUAUUCACGUGACAAAUGCUCAAUUUUAAACAAACGUCCAAGAAGGACCUUAUUGAGUGUAAUAUGCCGGUAUAUCUAUCGGAACGUACUUUUUUUAAAUAUAUUCAUAGAAUAUGUUUAUUUACAUUGGCAUUUGUGACGUGAAUAUCGUGUAGGUAUUUAUUUUUUGUACAUAGGAUGUAAAAUAAAUUUUUUUAGAAGUUA